AUGCCAGAGGGUGGAGAUACAGUAGAAGGAGGAGAGGAGGACAGACUGGAGGGUGGGAAAGGAGAAACGGACGAGGCCACCGUGGAAAUCGCCAACGUGGUCAAGAACCAGCGCCUGGAGCUGCCCCUGCCCCUGCCCCGUCCCCGGCAGCUUCUCCUAGCAUUGGGGAAGCACGGUUGGACGGUGCUCGAGCUCCCGAGACAGCGGAGGGUGCGGAGAUGCUGUAUGCUUUGGGCCUUGAAGACUCUGCUAGUCGCAGAAGUGAAAGUGGUAGGGUCCACCACCUCUGAGGAAGAGAGACAAAGUAGACAUGCUUCCUGUCUCAUCCUGGCAAAACGUGCCCGCGAACAAUUCGAAACCCAGCAGACAGACAGGGCAACUGAGGAGUGUGUCACAUAA